AUGAAGUUCGUUACCACUCUAUCAGCCCUGUCGUCGGUGGCACUUGUCGCCGCUCACGGUUACAUCCAGAACGGCACCAUUGGGGGUGUAGACUACGUCUUCUACAAGCCGUACGAAGACCCAUACACGAGCCCCACCCCGGAGCGCAUCGCCCGUGCGAUCCAGGGCAACGGCCCCGUGCAGGAUGUUCUCAGCCAAGACAUGCAGUGUGGAGGUUACUCCGCGGGCGGUAUCAACGGUUCCUCCCCUGCGGCGCUUCACGCGGAUGCGGUUGCGGGCUCCGAAGUCACACUCCACUGGACCCUGUGGCCCGAGUCGCAUUUCGGCGCUCUCGUGACCUACAUGGCGAAAUGCCCUGAUACCGGCUGCCAGGACUACAUGCCUGAGAGCGAUGCCGUCUGGUUCAAGGUCGCCGAAAGCGGCCUCAUCGACAAGGCGACUAACGAGUGGGCGGUAACGGCCCUCGAGACGGCCGGCAACUCGGGUGCCACCUACACCAUUCCCGAGUGCCUCGCCUCGGGCUACUACCUGGUGCGCCACGAGAUCAUCGCCGUCUUCCUCGCCAACGAGUACCCGGGCGUCCAGCUCUACCCGGGCUGCCACCAGCUGAAAGUUACCGGCACCGGCAGCACUGUGCCCAGUGACCUUGUCUCUUUCCCCGGCGCCUACCAGCCCACCGACGCUGGUAUCACCUGGGACUCGAGCGAGGAGACCUACCCCAUCCCCGGCCCGGCUCUCUUCAGCUGCUCCGGUUCCAGUUCCAGCAGUGGUUCCACUGGGGCUUCCAGUGCUGUGGCUAAUAAGGCUGCUGCAUCGUCGGCUGCAGCUUCUUCUGUGCCUGCUAUUCAGAGUUCGGUCGCUACUUCCAGUGCGGCACCCGUUAUGACGAGCUCUGCUGCUCCCGUUGUUGCGUCUACGUCUGUUGCUGCCGAUACCCCGACCACGCUGUCUACUGCUAUCGCGACUGCUUCAUCUACCGCCUCCUCAUGCAAGGAGAGGAGAAUGGCCAACUGA